AUUCAGCUAUUUUCUGGCCAGAUUUGUCUAUUUUACAUUCAACUACAACUGACGACUCGGAGUUGGCAACACUGUUACGCAAUGUCAAACAUCUGAGGGUUAAACAUUAAUAAACGUGUUAACAGUAAAAUGCUGCGCACUGCCUCAAUGUUAGCUGCCGUUGCAGUCACCACGGCUGCAGCUCCACAAAAACCCACAUCGCCAGACACUUCACUAAUUUGCAGACCAUCAGAUCUGCCUAUUUACGGCUCGUUGCGGAAGCCAGUGCCAAAGAUUGAGCACAAACAGAGAGAGUCUCCACUGCACAAGACACUAGAAGAUGGUGUGCGAUAUGUGCGUCAGGAAGUAGAGUCUGGCUACAGUGCUGUAUCGAAGAAGACGGCGAUAGUGGGUGACUACUAUGAAACAGCUAAGGCGCAUACACAGCGCUCCAUCGAUAUUUUAAACGAGCCCCAGAACUCGCUACAUCGCAGCGGUGCCAUUGUUGUUGGUGGCCUGGCCGGCUUCAUAUUCGCUGCACGUGGCGGCUUCAUUAAGAAGGUUGUGUACACGUCCAUAGGAGCCGGAGCCGUUGCGUCGCUAUGUUAUCCGCGUCAAGCGGAGGAGAAUGUGCGCGUCGUACUCUACGAGGGACGCAAGAUAUUUGCUGUCGCUUAUAAUUUCGUCAAGGGCGUCAAGCCAGGAGAGGAGGUGCCCAUUGAGCCCAUACAGAAGUUUCCUACAUCAUUGCAGGAUCUAAAAUUUUUGGCAAUGGACCUAAUCGAUGAAGCGAAGGAAACGCUGUUUCCCAAGAAAAAGUAAAAACAAAUGCGAACGAGCAAUGCCGUUGAUCGUGCUACAGUUUUAGUCAAAUUGUAAUUGUGAUUAUAUGCAUAUAGUACAUAUAUAGUUGUUUCCAAUUCAAUACUUUGCAACUUCUGUAUGAAGUUAUCUUUUUUUUCGCUUCACUCUAUCGCUCGCGGGCCAUCAACGUACUGAAAUUAUUGGUACUUGUAUGCUAACGGCAAUAAACUCAAUUCGCGUUUCAAAAGUGAAAA